AGUAGGUACUGGGUACAUAGCUGUUAGUUGAUGGGUGUGCUUCUUUCGGUGGAAAUAAAAUCAAAAAAGCGGUGAAGAGCAAACCGGCCAUUAGUUUUGAUAUGGUAAAAUAUAUGUGAAAAUCUCUGAAAGAAUUUUUUAAUAUACAUGUGUUCGACUCAAUUGAUUUGCAUUCGGUUUGUUUGACGGUCAUCGGCGGAAUUGUGCUAUAAAUUCAUUCAAUUAAGUGAGAAACAGUUUUGCAGUUGGAAAGUUUUUUUUUUAUUCCUCUUGUGUUGAUAUCAGCUGAACGGAUUAUUGACGUUUUGUUGCGUUUACACAUUUGAUUGGAUUUUAUUUUGGAUUUCGGCAUUUGAGUGAUUAUAACGAUGCAUUAGUGUACAGCACGCUCGCCUCAUCAUCUUCAUCAUUUUCACUUCACAUCUUUGGGUGUUUCGUAUACCAAUUACAGAGUACUAAAAAUUGAAUUAAUAAAUCGUAUCUGUACAUCGCGCUUCACCAUCCACAACAUAUAUGUUAAUUUAAAACGGAGUACUAUACAAUUGCAAUGGCUUGGAACAAAUACAGACAUUGUGUUAAUCAUGUUAAUAGUAAUUGGAAACUUACUGUGAUAUAUUUGAGUUUAUUUUGUCUGUUGCCAAUCAACGGACAAGAUUUUCAAUUCGAAUCGAAUACGGAUGAUGACUUACAUGUAGUAUUUACUGAACCGCAAGAUAUCGUGAACAAUGGCGGCCCUACCAAAUUAUCACCAUAUGAAGAGGAAGUAGCGAAAUGCCCAUACACCGAGAGCAAGAUAAUACUCACAUUGAUUUUACGAUCGAACAGUUGGGAAGAUAUAAUCAGCAAAAAACAGGACAGAGCCAUCAAAAAACUGGCAAAAUUUUUUGCCAUUCCAAAGGAUUCGAUAUCAGUCGGUGAUGUUCACGGUCGUGAAAUAUAUGAAAUGACAAAAUAUGCCAUACACAAGGGAAUCGAUCGUCUGGAUGGACACAAAAAAUUGGGAAAAAUCGAAUUUGUGAUUGGCUGUGGUAAUUCCUAUUUGCCUUCUGGACAGUUAAUUGCCAAUCAAAUAUCGAGACAAAUAAAUGAUGGAUCGAUUGAUGACAUAUCCGGAUUAGAUAUUGGAUAUUGGCUAAUAUGGUCGAAACGAGUGAAUAAUAGAACACCAAGAAAUAAACGGCAAGCCGAAACGGGAAAUGAGGGUUCCGGUGAAGAUGACUAUGACGACGAUUAUUAUGACAAUGAUGACGACACUCCCAUUACCGAAAUUGCACAGCCUGAAAGUCAUCCACAUCGUCAUCAGCAUGGGUACGAAAAGCCAAACAUACCUCGCGAUAGUCUAAUUAAAUCAACAGAUACAGAUACGGACAAAAAACACAAUGACAUUGAGAGCGCAGCUAGAGCCUCCGACGACAAUACGCUACUCGAUUUCGAUAUACAGGAAAGUGUGUCCAAAUUAGAAUCGGAUAUUAUGAAAACCGUCGAGAAUAACAACAAUAAAUUGAAAGAACUCGAGCAUAUGUUGAAUGAGGAAAAGAAAUCGAAGCAUUUAGCCGCGAAAGUGAUUGAAGAGGAUGUGCUUCCCAUUGUGGAAACAAUAUCCGAUGAUGAAAUUUUGGAAGUAGCUACGAAACCGGCUAGCGCUGAGAAAGUCGAAGAGGACUAUGUAGUUGAAGAUGUUUCAUUGUUAAAGAAAUUAAUUGCCGAAACUGCUAAAGAAGACGGUGUUGCGGAAGCAAUCGAUAAUGAUGAAGCAGUUGAAACUACUGCGACACCAGUCGAUGUAGUGACAACUACAGAAAAGCAUAUUGUUGAAACAUCCACAGAAAACACGACUCCAUCGACGACUGUCGCAUUGGUAACCACUCUUGCUACUACCAUCAAGACUGAGACUGAGGAACCGUCGUCAUCGGUAGCACCAACAAUAAUUGUUACCACUACCGAAGAAGUUAAAGAAGUUGUUAAAAGUACAGUAACAACGACAACGGAAUCAGCAACAACUCAAGAAACUGAAGCUACAGUAGUUGUUACUGAACGGAAGACUGAACCAACAAUUGUGAGCAUCACCGAAAGAGUAACUGUGAAAACAUCCAGUACGCCGAUCUACGAAACCGACUAUAGUGACGAAUAUGAAGAAGUUAGUACCAUUCCAUCAUCCACAACGUCAUCGGAGAGAGAACGAAUUGUCCCGCUUCAAGCUGUUCCGUCCUUCGCAACGAUAGAACGGAAUAAUGUAUUUGCAGCCACUUCAACCAUUCCUACGACAAACAGACCAACCACUACCACUGAAUACAUCGAACCGGAACCAGUGAAUUAUCCACCUGCAAUCAAGAAUCGAAUGCAAAAGCUAGCAGUCACGGCUGGCAAACCGUUCAGUAUAAUCGUACCGAUCGAGACAUUCUUCGACAAUGAAGAUGGAACCAAUUUGAAGUUGUCUUUGACGGAUAAAAACGACAAUCCGCUGAAGCAGAAUUCGUGGAUUCAAUUUAAUGCAGAAAAUCGAGAAAUAUAUGGACUACCAUUAGAAGAUGCUGUUUCGAAAUGGCAAUUUUUACUUCGAGCUAGCGACAGCUCUAACGAAAGUGUUGUGGAAACAGUGGACAUAGCUGUGCAGCAGCAUAAAGCACAUCGUACUGCUAAUCACGACAUUAGCAUUGGUGUGAAACUAAUCGAUAAAUUCCGCAGCAACGUUGACUGGCAGAUUCGGCUGAUUAAGGGCAUCAUUGACACUCUACACGAUACAUCUAGCACCGGUGGCAUAGAGGUACGCGAAAUUCGUCACAGCAUUCAAGAUCUAAGUGCUGCCACAUUCGUUUACACAAAUGACACGCUGCCCAAAGACAAGUGCCCCGAGGAAAAAUUAGACGAACUGAUCCAACGAUUGACUGUCAAGGCACUGUCGCAGAAUGUUCCCGAAAUGGAAAUCAAAUUUGUGUCCGGAAAGCCGAUUGGGCCGUGCUUGAAAAUCGAAUUACCAAAACCGAAAGCGCCGAAGCCAACGCCUCACAUGACCAAAAAUUACCCGCCCGUGCCAAGGAAUCAAGUGGAUCGAGUCAAUGCGACCAUUGGCCAAUUGUUGGUGUUCAAAGUGCCAACGGACACGUUCUACGAUCCGGAAGAUAACACCGACUUGAAGUUAUCGCUUCUGUCAUUGGAUCGUGCUCCAUUAGACCCUCGGCAUUGGCUUCAGUUCGAUGCCAAGAACCAAGAAUUUUUCGGCAUUCCAAAAUACGGUGACGCCGGACAGAAGGAAUUCCUUUUGGUAGCUGAGGAUCGCGAAGGUCUGUCAGCCACAGACGCUUUAGUGGUCGUUGUAAGCCAUCCGUUGCAUCGAGAGUAUAACACUCUAUUCGAAAUGACAUUGGGCAUGCCAUACGAUGAAUUCAACAAUUCAGCCGUACAACGUCGAUUCGUUGAACGCAUUGCACAGAUUUUCGGUGACACGACUACGUCAAGCAUCCAAAUUCGCGCAAUCCGCAAAAUGCAUCAGUCCGGCAAGACACUUAUCAAUUACUACAACACGACUUUGCAUCGUCCGCACCAUGUAUGCCCGACCGAACACAUCGAGCAACUGAGAAAAGUGUUGAUUCAAUCGGACGGAAACAUUCGGCAUAGAGUUAAGGAUACGCUGGGCGGCGAAUUCGAUUUGAACAAAGUGAAUUUGAUUCCAAUGGGAGCUUGUUUGGAGAGCGACGAUACCGUACAUCAUGCACACGUACCAGUCAAAACUGAUGAUACACAACAGUCUAACUUCAGCGAUGAUUACUUGUUAACGUUCGUCCUUCCAGCAGUUGUAAUCAUUUUGAUGAUUUUGAUAGCGGCAAUCAUUGCCUGUUGUUUACACAGACGACGAAUGACUGGAAAAAUGGAAUUGGGAGAUGAGGAAGAACGCAGGUCGUUUAGAUCGAAGGGAAUUCCGGUCAUAUUCCAAGAUGAAUUGGACGAAAAACCGGAAAUUGGUAACAAAUCUCCGAUUAUAUUGAAGGACGAAAAACCGCCAUUGCUUCCGCCGUCGUAUAAUAGUACAAACCCAGACGACCAAGAAGAUAUGGAUGAAUACGUGCCUCCACCUGCCGUCGUCAUGAAUGGCCGAGAGACUAGAGGCAAAUCACCAGUAACACCAUCCUAUCGCAAACCGCCACCAUAUGUUUCGCCUUAAACGACCAUCCGUUAAUGUUAAAUGUACUAUAAAUGUAACAAUCAAGCGCAUCAUUUUCGUUGUUCUUUGUACUCAAACCCCGUGUCACCCCAAUACUUUUUUGUACGAUCUUAAGAGAAAUUUUCCCGCGUUCUUCUUUUCAAAUUUUUGUUUCCGCGUUUUAUUUUGACUGAUUUUGAUUUUGUGUAAUUUUAAGUGUAUAAAAAUGAUGAUGAUGGGUGAAGAGGAUUCUUUGAAUGAUUAGAAUUUUUUGUUAGUAAUUUAGGACAUUAAUGUUUCUAAAAUAUUGAUAGCCACAACAGAGGAGUUUGACUUCAUCAAAAAAAAAAAUAAUAAAAAUUUCUAUUGUAAAGAACACCCGGAUUUCGUAAUUGAUCCUUACAUUUCAAUUUUCAAUAUUUUUCUUUAAAUUAAAUUAAAUUUAAUAAUUAAACUUAAGAAACAAAUAAAUUAUGAAAAAAAAGAAAGAAAAAAACUCAUUACAGACUAACUCUAUGAAACAAAAUAAUUAACUUGCAGGGCUGCUUUAAGUAAAUCUAGGCAACGUAAGGUAAAUUUACAUUAAAUGUUGUUUAUGCAUAGAAUUUAAAUAUCGACCGGCUACAAUAUAAUAUUAGAGGCGUAGCGAGCAUUUAAGUAAUUAAAAGUAAGAGAAACAAGAGGAGAAAGAGAAGCAAGAGAAGAAAAGUCAAAAGAUUUCCAAUUAUUUUCCCUAUAACGAAAAGCAUAUCGAUAUUCUGGAGUCUCGUCUGGUAUUUACCGUGUCUGUUAUCUGCCUAAAAAAACAUCCUCGAUUUCGGUAGGAAAGAGGAUAUGUGUGUGUAGGCAGAAUACAGUGCUGUCAUUCAAAUUUUGUUCACCAAAUGUCAAUGACCAAUUAUGGCCGCCAAAGGUUAAAAAAAACGUUUGAAGAGUACGAUGGGGUAAAAAGAUUUUCGAUGCGGCUUGUUGAUGAUGGCAGCUUCAAAAUGCAACUGGAAUUGACGUAAUAUAAUUAAUUUACCACUUUAUUGUGGACAAGACUGGUUCGGCAAGGGUUAGAUUUUCUGAUGAGGCUUAACAGAGGUGUCAACGACCAAUCCAUGUGACUUUAUGAUUUAGAAUCAAAUAUCUAGGACUUGUGAUCUUAUCGAAAUUUUAAAGUUUUCAUGCACCGACAAAAACGAUUUCAGAUUUACCGUCAGAUAACUUUUCUUUUUUUAAAUUGAGACAACCGGUACGUUGAAUUUACAUCGCGUAUGCAUUGCAAAUUGCUCAUAACAGGCUACCUUUAUUACAGGCUAUAUGGGUAAUUCCAUGGUUAGUUGCGUUACAAAUUUCGUUAACUGUGAGUCAUAAAGUUAAUUGUGUUGGCUAUGUUUUGCGGUAACAAAUCAGUCUAUAAAUUUUCUAAUACUCAGGAGACACAGUGCUUUCAUACCAACAAGAAUUGGAAUUUUUAGCCUGCGAAGUGUGACUUGUGUGAUCGCGAAAGUCAGCGGUUAGUUGCGUUACACGUUUGUGACUUUUCGAAAUAUUUUCACCAAAUCAAAACUGAUUUCGGUAAACUUUUUUUCCCCUGAAAGCUAUGGUCAAGACGCGCAGUUUAAGCUUAAUAUGAGGUUGGUAACCCAAAAUUUGUGGGAGAUAUGUCUAAAAAAGUGAUAUUUUUCUGAGGUCAUAAAUAGCCAGAAAUAUUUUUUUCACAAUUGGUGGUUGUUACCCCACAGAAAAUGUUGUUUCGGCUCAAAACCGUUUAAAAAAAUGGUUACAAAAUUUUUCGAGAUAAUCUCGACGAGUUAAAAUUCGAGGAUGACUUUUAUCACCACUGGGAAGCUGUUGUCACCUACUUUACUCACCCAACUAACCUGAUUGACUCAAAGUUAUUUUUCUCGUGAAGUCAUAUGCUGUAGCUUUCGAAUGACACCGAUCUUCAGUUUUUAUUUGAAAAAAUGUAAUUUCGGCAAGGCUUGGGUCAAGGUGAUUUUACCUUACUUCAAAGCAGAAUGAACCAAAAAUCUUUUUAAAAAUUUAAUUUCGUGUCACUUGGAGCAAUUGUGGAAUUAUAGCGUUCACAUCUACAGGAAAACAAAUUUACAAAAAUCAUUUGAGAUUUAUUGAGAAUAACUCGGAAUGUCGAAUACAAACAAACACUUUUUUGGUCAUGUCUCCCCGAGACCGCAUUUUACAAUAACCACAUAUUGGUGUCAAACUACGCGUCUUGUCAAUAGCUUUCAACAAAAAAAAAGUUUAGUGAAAUCGGUUCAGGUUUCGUGAAAUAAACUAGAAUUUUCAAAAAUUUGCUGAUAACAAGCAUACAUUUUUAUGGUGGUAUCUCCCCGAGAUUUUUGGCCACCGAUCUAAUAUGGGGCUUAAACGACGCGUCUGGUCAACAGCUUUCUAGGAAAAAAAAGUGUGCCGAAAUCGCAUUUCAAUUGGUGAAAAUAUUUCGAACAGUCACAAAUUAGCUGGAAUUACCCAUAUUCACAUCAUGUUCGUCAACGUAACUCGUAACUAAAGUUUUCGUUAAGUUGUCCUUAACCUCAAUCGAUUGAUGUUAACUGCGUGCAAAUUGUUCGUUUAAUUCAUUCGACAUGUUUGAUAGCUCGGGAUCGUGUCUGACGUUUGGAAGGUCAUGAGCAUGAUGUUAAGUUAUAGCAUAAUACGACAGUGCUCAUGUAAACGGUUACAACAUAAGUACAAUAACGGCACCUCACCAGCGGCUCGGAUGCCACAAUAAUUCUCACUUGUACGCCGUUUCGUAGUUGGUGGGUAAACUCGGGAUAGAAGGCACGUUUGCGUGUGAUUAUUGACCUCGGCUUCGCCUCGAAUCAGCACGUGAACUUUCAACUUUUUGUCCCUAGUUAUGCAUUAGUCAUUUUCGCAACAAGUGACGAAAAGUUGGACUUUCCGUUGCCUUUAUUGCGAAAAACGUUGUAUAGAACUCGAUCAUAAAUGCUUUUUUAGACACACGAUGUGUAUUGUCACACUCGGCCUACGGCCUUGAGUGACAAUCUUCACAUCUAGUGCCUAAAAAUCACUCGGUUUUAUAAUAGUAAUUUAUGCGACCGAGGUGCAAAGUACAUUACUGCGGCCUUGUGUCAUAAUUACACAUCUACAGCCUAAUAAAAUACUUUGCAUCGAGUUGCAUACAACGUUUUAUGCCACAGAGGCAUCAAAAGUUUGCAUAUUAUGAUGCUGAGUGGCAAGGUUGAGUAUGAAUUGUUUCAAAGCGAAGCCGAGGUCUAUAGUCACACGAAACGUGACGUUUAAUUUUACUCCCAAAUAUUGCAUUUUACAUCUUAAGGCCGUCAGAAGUUCAUGGAAUUUCAUGUAAUAAACGACUUUCGGUCUGCAGCCGAGCACAUUCGUAUUUGGAAAAUAAAGUUGAGUCGGGCACUGUGGCAGGUUACAUGAUUUUUGUAUAAGAAAGAAGAUUACCUGACGCUGGUAAUUUUCUGAAAUAUUUUUUGUCAGUGUGGUACUAGAACUUCUGUCACCAAAGCGCAGAAAAGUAACAAGAAAAAGAUUUUCGACAUGUUCUUAAAACUUCCCUAGAAAGAUUUACGAGAUUUUCUUAAAGACUUCCCGUUGCAUAAAGUUACGGUUUCCUCAUUCCUCGCCUGACCAAUUCCAAUGUACGAACCAUCUAACCCAAAUCCUAGUGAAAUGUCUAAUCACCUGUAAGAUUUAAGUGAGUAUGUCGUCGGUAAGGACUUUUUAUGUCCCUUCGCAUUGCAUUAAAUCUGAGUAGAUGACUGUUUUUAUGACCACACACUGCCAAUCCAAAAAAGAAACGAAAAGAAAAAUUAGAUGUAGCGCUUGAAUAACCAUGGUUCUGUUCGUAAAAAUAUUUCGUUGAGAUUUUCGUGUACUUAUAUUGUGGACACAACGACAAACCAAAAUUGGACCAAAUUUUCCAGCUUUCGUAAUUUAAUUUCUAUAAGGAAAAUCGGUCGCAAUGAAAGAAGGAACUCAAUUCGUACCCAUUCGUAAUCAAAUGGACCGAAUUUUUCUUCAGCUGAUUACGAAAAAUGAAUGAAAAUGAAAAGAAAAUUGAAUGAACCAAAUAGGAUGGAAAUUUCUCGUCAGAAAUUUUGAGAACUAAAUGAACCGAAACCGGUGGUGGAAAUUUUUCUUGGAAAUUUUCGAUUUUAAUUUAUUUUUGUUCAGUUAAAACUGAUAUAAGACAAGCGCCAGAAUAUCUCUGAAGAAAAAUAUUUUAGAUGUUUAGUAGCAUUGCCAUUUAUAUUAAUUGUAAGCAAUUUUAGAUCGAUUAGAUUGUGGACGUAGAUUAGCGCAUAUCCGCUAAUUCAACACAUACUGACCCGGAAUAAAUAAGAGACAGAAAAGAUAAAACCCAAACCCAAAUAUAAAACUAUUCUAAAAAUGUAACGCUAAACAAGAUAAACCAUAUUUUGUAUAAUAUUUGAUGUACACCACGAUGGAAUAAAAAUAAGAAUUUGUCGAAACAUUGUAAAGAAACAAAAACAAAUUUUAAGUGAAGCACGAAAAGAAAUCAGUAGAAAUCGUGUAAAAUGGAUUAGAAUAGCAAUUGUAAUUUCAUUGAUUUCUCAUCUCCAGAAUAAGUGAUGCCAUUUCUCCAAUAUUUCGGACGUGCAAUUUCAUUUCAGAUUUAAUAAACUUGACAACAACACAAUCAAACGAAUUCAUCUGAAUCUCGUACUUCACAAAAAUGUUGUUCUUACCAGGCAAUAUACAGUGCGGACUGGCUACCAAAAGGCGCUAUUGUAGGAAAAGGUGCCUAAAGUGGAGUAAAGGCGUCAAAAAGCUCUAUUGACUGUCGCAGGUUAAACUAAAUUACUUGUGAUUUUCCAAGUCGCCUCAUAUGGCCAGUCCAGGUCUGGCUGACACAAGAGAUUACGGUUUAUGGUAUAUUAUUCGAGAAUUUAUCGAUCCGUAUACUCCAGGGCCUACUUUUGGAAGGUAUAACUUUGAAAAAAAUCUGCAAAUUCCGAAAAGCUCUGCACAAUUCUGCGAAAAGUGUCAGAAAAAUUCAGAUUUUUCUCGGAAAAUUUUCAAUAAUUAAAUUCCUAUAAACAUAGGUCCUGGUAUACCCUGAUAAUGUGACACGAACAUACAGUUAUUUAGAACAAUCAUUCCCGAUUGAAUGAAACAAUUUAGGAAAGUUGAAUCACAAUGGGGCGACUGUUUUAUCAUUUUCAUGCCCUUCCGAUUGGCAAAAUUUGACCGGCGCACACCUCUAAUUCAAAGUAAUACAGCAAAUUGGACUCACCUUGACAAAAAAGUUCAGGAAGUAUGGCGGAUUUUACCGUCUGGUUCUGGGUUUUUCGAUGAACUGACAGAUUUUCGAUAAUUUUGGCUAGGAUGUAUCAGGGCACACUGGCAAGUACUCAAUUUCUUAGAAGUGUCAAGAAAAUGGAUCAUCGUUAAGUGUCACUGAUAAGAUCAGGUGAAUUGUUCGUCAGAAAUGCUUUGAUAUCUUGACGUAGUCUUCAAUCGGGACACACAGUCCAUUCGAAAAACGAAAUCGUCAUCAUUAUUCUGGAAGUGAACUAAUUUUUGUACGCGCGAAUAUUGAAUAACAAUAAAAAUAAAAUUAAUUAACCGAACCAAACUAUUAAAAAUGAAGAAAACCUUAGCAACAUAAAAUUAGCAAUCAAUUUUUGCACACCUAUAAAGGAAACAACAACAAAAAAUUAUCAUUCUACGACUGACUCGAUUUUAUCAACAUCGAGACACUUUUUGACUCAUUUAUACAUCAGUAAAAUAAAACUGUUACCCGACGAAUAACAGAAUUAUUGUUGUUUUUGAAUCAGAUAUAAUCAAUAUUAUAUCAAGAAAAAUGAAAAAGCUGCAAGACCAACCAUUUAUCAAUUUAGUGAACUAAAAUACCACGAAAAUGAAUAAAUAUCAACCAUGCUUCCAAUUACUGAAAAAAAUAUUUUUUACAAAAAUUAAUCGAAUUACAAUAAAGGAUUUAGAUACCCUAUACCCUAAUCAUCAGUCCGCAUAUAACUCUCCACCUAUGAACAUUUUUUUCUAAACAUAAUAGUAUCCAUCCCAUACACAAUCUCUCCUUUGAGAGGAGAGGUGAGACUUUUUUUUUAAAUAUUAGUCAUUUAAAAAGAUACAAAUCGUUACGACAAACAACAACAAACAAUAAAAGAUAUGAAAAAUGACAACAACACAAACAUGUGUCUGGUAA